AUGGCUGUGAAAGGUGAUUGCAGAAGCUGUAAACCAAAUGGAGUACAAAUUCUUCUACAGGCAGUUCAGUCCAACAAAUAUAAGAUGUGGGAAGAAUUGGGGAGAAACAACAGGGGAGUGAUUUUAACCAUUUCCAUUGUUCAAGGCGUGAGCAACAGAAGAUUCAUUGUGAUUCCACAAGGAAUUGAUCAAAAUAGAUGGAAAGAAUUGAUUAGAAUUUUGAGUAAGGUUGUACAUGGGGGAGGUUCCAGGAGAUGGACAGGUGUGGUGAAAAAGGAUGUGAGUAGUCUGAUGAAUGGAAAUUGGGACAAGGGAACACUGACUGGAAAUAGGAGAGAUGGGAAAAUUCUCAAAAUCAGUGGAACUAGGCAUGACUUAAACCCAAGGGUGGAUCGCUCUGUUUUUGGUAAAUGGAAUAGUGCAGUA